UGCUGGAAUUCAUAGAUAAAUUAGUUAUUCAACGCAUUUUUAUUGCUUUAAACAAGUGCGCGGAAUCUCCGCCCCCAUUUGCCUAACCAACCAUGCUCGACGGCGCUGUCAACGAAACGUCAAAACAGUUCGUGGCCGUCGCGAUAUAGAAAAGUGCAAGCAAAAACGCUAUGAGGAGUAAAAAUACACACGCAAAACACCAAAAGUGAUUAAAAACAGCAAAAUUGAUUUGCAUAUGUGAAACAAAGCAAAAUGGUUGAUAAAGAGCCAAAAACACCCGCGCCAUCGCCCACAGAGGAAGGCCUGGCCGAUAUAGCAGCGGCGGCAGCAGCAGCGGCUGCGGGUCGUGUCGCCGACGAUGGCACCGCUGCAUCCAGCACGGGUACCGCUCAGGGCGGCAUCACAAAUGUGAAGGUUCUGAUAAUUGGCGCUGGCAUGGCUGGCCUGUCCGCUGCCAAUCAUCUGUUGCAAAACGGCUGCGAUGAUUUUCUCAUUGUGGAGGCGCGCGGUCGGGUGGGUGGCCGUAUUGUGUCCAUACCACUCGGCAACAAUCAAAAGGUGGAGCUGGGCGCCAAUUGGAUUCACGGCGUGCUUGGCAACCCCAUAUUCGAAAUAGCCGUGCAUCAUGGUCUAGUCAGCGUUGUGAACGUACCGAAGCCGCACAAAGUGGUGGCCACCACCGAGGAUGGGCAUCAAGUUCCUUUCAGUAUACUGCAGGAGAUCUACGAGGCGUACGUCUGCUUUCUACGCCGCUGUGAUGAGUAUUUCCUCUGCCAGUACAGCCCGCCGCCGGACAUCAACAGCGUGGGGGAGCACAUUAACUAUGAGAUUGAGAUCUAUCUCAGCUCGGUGCAAGAUCCCAAAGAGAAGCGCUUGAAGCAAUUGAUAUUCAAUUGUCUGCUGAAGCGCGAGACCUGCAUUACGGGCUGCCAUAAUAUGAACGAGGUGGAUUUGCUGGAGCUGGGUAGCUAUACGGAACUGCAGGGCGGUAAUAUUGUGCUGCCCGCAGGCUACAGUUCUAUACUGCGCCCGCUGAGCGCUCAGAUACCCAAAGAGUCCAUCUUGACCAAGUGUCCGGUGAAAAAGAUACACUGGAAACGAAAAAAGACAUUCACCGGCCUGGAGACCGUCGACGAGAAUUCCGAAAAUGAGGAUUCCGAUGAUUCGCAAAAGACCGUAACGGAAGUGCCAACGACGGCUAGCAGCGCCAUGCGCGGAGCCUCCGUAGAGUCGAAUACCAGCAGCAAUUGUGAUAUUGCGCCUGAGGGCGCAGUGCGCGUGGACUGCGAGAACGGACGCGUGUUCCAUGCGUCGCAUGUGAUAUGCACCAUACCGCUGGGCGUGCUGAAGCAAACGCAUCGAAGCCUGUUCGAUCCGGAGCUGCCGCACUACAAACAGGAAUCCAUUGAGAAUCUCAUGUUUGGCACUGUGGACAAAAUCUUUUUGGUCUACGAGCGACCGUUUCUCAGUGCGGCCGUAUCGGAGGUGAUGCUGCUCUGGGACGAUGACAAGCAGGAUGCUGUGAGCGAGGAAGAGAGCACUACAGAGGCUUAUCUGAGCAAGAAUUGGUACAAGAAGAUUUACUCAUUUGCCAAGAUAACGGACACGCUGCUCUUGGGCUGGGUGUCGGGUCGGGAAGCGGAGUAUAUGGAAACGUUGUCGCAUGAGGUCGUCGCUGACAAAUGCACAGAAAUUCUGCGCAAUUUCCUGCAGGACCCCUACGUACCCAAACCCAAAAUGUGUGUGUGUACCAGCUGGAAGUCACAAACGUAUACAGGCGGCGCAUACACCUCAAUACCCGUGGGUGCUACCCAGGAGGAUAUUGAGAAUCUGGCACAGCCUCUUUAUGCAAACCCGCAGGCCACAAAGCCUGCGAUAGUGUUUGCCGGUGAGCACACGCAUUCCAGCUUUUACUCCACCGUGCAUGGCGCCUACUUGAGCGGUCGGACGGCGGCACAGUACUUGCUGGCUAAUGACGAACCCGAUGAGAUCAUCAUGGAAUCCGAUGGUAGCGACUUGAGCGCAUGGAUGCAGGGCAUCGCCUUGGACUAGACUGCGAUCAACGAGCACCUUCUCGUCAUAAUUAUUGUAUUAUAAUUUCAUGUUCAAUUUUAUUUACCGCUUUUACUUAUCGCGAUUUAGCUAGUGAUAUCACAUUCAGUGUAUUUAUUCGUGUGUUUUUUCUGUUUAACUCCUCAUUUAGCAUUUCUUUAAUUAUACAAGAUUAAUUUAUUGUUGAAUUUUAUUAUCAAAUAGCAGAUUCCAGUCAGCAUUCAUUUUAUUUAUGCAUUCAUUUAUGUGAACAGCUUCUAGAAAUCCGCUUGUACAAUAUCAAGAAACUUAAACUGUAUGACAUAUUUCAACGAUUGGCUAAUUAAGAGGUCGUUUCAUCUAUAAAAAUAAAGUUAAACAAUCUCUGUGCACGCCAAGCAGCUUUAAGUGUAAUAUUGUUAAUCGUUAAACCAAACCCGUUUGUAAAAUGUGCACAAAAUUGAUUCUAGCGUAAAUGGUUUAGAGCAUAUGCCUAUUUUUAUAAAUUCAUAUUAAAUAUAGUGAAAACUUUAGGGUACUAGAAAGAGUAAGUAUCAACAUUUUCGAACAAAGAGCUACUGCAAAAGUC